CAGCGCCCGGACUCCAUUAGGCAGCAGCUGGGGGAAGAAUCAACACACCAGGGAGCGGAGCGGCACGGACCGAGCACCGAGGCGGCUGCUGCCUCCUUCACCGCCUUCGCCGCCGCCGCCGGGGUUCCAGCUUCGGGCCUGCGCCCCCCAGUGCCCGCGAGUCCCCGGGCCGAGCCGCGAGCGCCUCCGGAGGGGGGGGGAAGGGCCCGGUCCUCCUUCUCCCCCUCCUCCCGCCCCACCGACCCCCGCCGCGCCCCGCCGGCCUCCCACCACGGCCUCUCUCGGCGAGGAAACUCUGGCCUCCGCUUCCUCCUCCUCCGACUCGGACGCCGGCGGAGCCUCCCCGCCCCCGCGGAAGAAGCCCCGAGCCUCGGCGGCGGAGGGAGCAGGAGAGCCCGGGGCCUCGGCCGGCCGAGCAGGCCUCCCCCCCCCGCCCUCGCCCUCGCCGGCCGCCGCCUCCUCCUCCGUGGUGGUGGUGGUGGGACUGCCUCCGGCCGCCCCCGCCGCCCCUCAGCGGAGCAGCGGCCACAGCCUGGUCAGCGGCGGCAGCAUGCAGGCCAACGGGGCGGGAGGAGGCGGCGGCGGGGGCGGCGGGGGCCAGGGCCAGACCCCGGAGCUCGCCUGCCUGUCGGCACAGAACGGGGAGUCGUCCCCCUCGGCGGCGUCCGCGGGGGACCUGGCCCACGCCAACGGGCUCCUGCCUGCCGCCCCCUCCGCCGCUGGCAACAAUAGCAACAGCCUGAGUGUCAAUAACGGGGUUCCCGGCGGGGCCGCCGCGGCCUCCGCCACCGCCGCCGCCCUGGCCACCCCCGAGCUGGGCAGCAGCCUCAAGAAGAAGAAGCGGCUCUCGCAGUCGGAUGAGGAUGUCAUUAGACUCAUAGGACAGCACCUCAAUGGCUUAGGGCUCAACCAGACUGUUGAUCUCCUCAUGCAAGAGUCAGGAUGUCGUUUAGAACAUCCUUCUGCUACCAAAUUCCGAAAUCAUGUCAUGGAAGGAGACUGGGAUAAGGCAGAAAAUGACCUGAAUGAACUAAAGCCUUUAGUGCAUUCUCCUCAUGCGAUUGUGGUAAGAGGCGCACUUGAAAUCUCUCAAACCUUGUUGGGAAUAAUUGUGAGGAUGAAGUUUUUGCUGCUGCAGCAGAAGUACCUGGAAUACCUGGAGGAUGGCAAGGUCCUGGAGGCGCUUCAAGUUCUACGCUGUGAACUAACGCCGCUGAAAUACAAUACAGAACGCAUUCAUGUUCUUAGUGGGUAUCUAAUGUGUAGCCAUGCGGAAGACCUAAGGGCAAAAGCUGAAUGGGAAGGCAAGGGGACAGCUUCUCGGUCCAAACUGCUGGACAAGCUUCAGACCUAUUUACCACCAUCAGUGAUGCUUCCCCCACGGCGUUUACAGACUCUUCUGCGGCAGGCGGUGGAGCUACAAAGGGAUCGGUGCCUAUAUCACAAUACCAAACUUGACAAUAAUCUAGAUUCUGUGUCUCUACUUAUAGAUCAUGUUUGUAGUAGGAGGCAAUUCCCCUGUUACACUCAGCAGAUACUCACGGAGCAUUGUAAUGAAGUGUGGUUCUGUAAAUUCUCUAAUGAUGGCACUAAACUAGCAACAGGAUCAAAGGACACCACAGUUAUCAUAUGGCAAGUUGAUCCGGAUACACACCUGCUAAAGCUGCUUAAAACAUUAGAAGGACAUGCAUAUGGUGUUUCUUAUAUUGCAUGGAGUCCAGAUGACAACUAUCUUGUUGCUUGUGGACCAGAUGACUGCUCUGAGCUUUGGCUUUGGAAUGUACAAACGGGAGAAUUAAGAACAAAAAUGAGCCAAUCUCAUGAAGACAGUUUGACCAGUGUAGCCUGGAAUCCAGAUGGGAAACGCUUUGUGACUGGAGGUCAGCGCGGGCAGUUCUAUCAGUGUGACCUGGAUGGAAAUCUGUUGGACUCCUGGGAGGGGGUGAGAGUGCAAUGCCUGUGGUGCUUGAGUGACGGCAAGACUGUACUGGCUUCUGACACCCACCAGAGAAUCCGGGGCUACAACUUUGAGGACCUUACAGAUAGGAACAUAGUACAAGAAGAUCAUCCUAUUAUGUCAUUUACUAUUUCAAAAAAUGGCCGAUUAGCUUUGUUAAAUGUAGCAACUCAGGGAGUUCAUUUAUGGGACUUGCAAGACAGAGUUUUAGUAAGGAAAUACCAAGGUGUUACCCAAGGGUUUUAUACAAUCCAUUCAUGUUUUGGAGGCCAUAAUGAAGACUUCAUCGCUAGUGGCAGUGAAGAUCACAAGGUUUACAUCUGGCACAAACGAAGUGAACUGCCAAUUGCAGAACUGACAGGGCACACGCGCACAGUUAAUUGUGUUAGCUGGAACCCACAGAUUCCAUCUAUGAUGGCCAGUGCAUCAGAUGAUGGCACUGUUAGAAUAUGGGGACCAGCACCUUUUCUAGACCACCAGAAUAUUGAAGAGGAAUGCAGUAGCAUGGAUAGUUGAUGGCGAAUUGGAGCAGACGACUUCUGUUUAACUUAAAAUUAGUCGUAUUUUAAUGGCUUGGGAUUUGGUGCAAACAAACAUGAUUGAUAGCUGGACAGACAUGCUCGUCAUGAAAAAAAGAACCAUUUCUGAAGCCCGAUUGGGGCCAAACAUUUACACCUUGCUUCAUAGUAACCAGUUGAUGAAGCACGUCGUUAGAACGUUGUUGGACACCAUGUUGAAUUAUUCCCCAUCGGUUGUGAAGAACUGUGCUACAUUCAGGCUUACCCAUUGAACUCAGUAUAUAUAUAUUUUUCCCUCCUGCCUUUUGUCUGGUGGGAUACCAUUCUUGUUGCUCUUCUGUGUAAUGAAGUUCAAAUGCUCGUUUGGAAACUUUAUUUAACAGUUUAGAAGGCUUGAUAGGAAGAGUUCAUUAGUCUGAAGAGUAUACAUUGGACAGGAAAGAACUUCCUUUUGUUUCUUCAAAUCUUUCCGCCUUAUUUAGCUUGAGAUCUUUGCAGCUUGGUUCAUGGAUUCUAGCCUUGCCCGUUGCGCAGUAUAUACUGAUCAGAUGAUAAACAGUGAACUAUGUCAAAAGCACUCUCAAUAUUACAUUUGACAAAAAGUUUUGUACUUUUCACAUAGCUUGUUGCCCCGUAAAAGGGUUAACAGCACAAUUUUUUAAAAAUAAAUUAAGAAGUAUUUAUAGGAUUAAAGUGACUUCAUUUGUAUACAUUUGGAAUCUAAACCAGCUUAAAAAGAGUUUCUUCUGUGACUCAGAUAUGCAGUGUGGCUGAUGCUCUUCUGGAGUACCACCUGAGAUGGUCAGAGACUGCUCAGAAGGACAUGGCACAGGAGAGCAGAGAGAUACUUGGAAGGUUCCCCCCUUUUAUUUUGUUCCCGAAGGGACAUCAGUACCUGAUGUUGAAGAAAUUCAAGAUUCAAAAGGAGAAUUUUAUAAAUACACCAACAUAAAAAUCAGCCAUCAGUCUAGGUUUUCAAGAAAGCUUGUUCCAUGUUCUUCUGGUCUUGGUGUGAUCUAGUAAAAGUAGAGAUCAGAAGAUAGGCUACUUUGGGAAUUUAUAGUGUAGUUGAGACUUAGAAGAAUUCAGCAGGUUACAAACAUAAAUAAACUGGGAUUAAAACCUCAGUCAUUUCUUCUAGUUGCCCUUAAUGCCCAACAUAUAGGGACACUGGAAUUUAAAGAAGAUUCCUUCUCAGCUUUUCAGAUGUUGCCAUACUGAACCUCAUUCAAACUGGUGCUGUGGACAGUCUUUCCCUCUCCUCCCCCUUGUAGUUUAAGGGACGGUUUCCUUAUGGGAACAAAGACUACUCAUUUUGAAGACUACAUCCAACGUCUGAUGUUCACGGUGUUUUUGAACCCACAGCCACUGGCUCUAACAGUCUCCCUUGAAAUGCCCUGUUGUCAGUAGAGGAUAAUAAGGGUGACCACAGCUAUUAUUAGGAGAAGUGGAAUCACUCCCAAAGUAAGAUCCUGGUGAAGAAAAAACAUCUUGUACCAAGUUGCCCUUGAGGCUGAGCCAAAUCUAUGGCAUUCUCAUCAUGAUCAUACCCUUCAUAGCCCUAAGAGGAGAGAGGCUUGGAUGGUAGAGGUCAUGAGGGGUGGUAGCAGGGAGGAGAAAGUCAGGAAAAGGGAGAAGAAAACACAUUUGGCCUUAAAAUAGUGUUCAUUCUCCCAAAGCCCACAGUAAGGAAAUGGCAGAUCGUAGUCGGCGACUAUUUUAUCAAAUUGAUGUGUAAAAAGGUUUCUUUAAACUUCAUUUUGCAGAGACCACCACUUUAGAAAAUCAGAGAAAUCCUGUUUUGAUACUUCCAAGUUAAAAUAGUAUGUUACCCUUUAUCUGGUACUUCAUUUCCUGACUGAAGUUACUUUUUACUUUAAGCUUGAAUAAAAACUUUGAUUUGUUAAUGUA